AUGUCGUUUGCACCUACACAAAUCUUUGCGGACGGGACCACCGAGGAAAAGGGUGAGAAUGCGCGUCUCGCUGCCUUUGUCGGAGCCAUUGCUGUUGGCGACCUGGUGAAAAGCACACUCGGUCCCAAGGGCAUGGAUAAGAUUCUGCAGUCAGCAUCCACUGGCGAAAUCAUGGUCACCAACGAUGGCGCUACCAUUCUCAAAUCGAUUGCCCUCGACAAUGCAGCCGCCAAAGUCCUGGUCAACAUUUCAAAAGUGCAAGACGACGAAGUCGGGGACGGCACAACGUCGGUUGCCGUCCUCGCCGCCGAGCUGCUUCGCGAGGCUGAGAAGCUCGUCGACAAGAAGAUUCACCCCCAGACUAUCAUCGAAGGAUACAGAAUAGCUAGCCAAGCCGCGCUCAAAGCUCUCGAAGCCUCUGCUGUUGACCAUAGCAAGAACCCCGACGCUUUCCGCAAAGACCUCGUCUGCAUUGCCCGCACGACCCUGAGCUCCAAGGUCCUCGCCCAAGACCGCGAACACUUUGCCGAGCUUGCAACCGACGCCGUUCUCCGACUGAAGAAGUCUUCUGACCUUAGCCAUAUCCAGAUCAUCAAGAAGGCCGGUGGCAAGCUGAGCGACUCGUACCUCGACGAAGGGUUCAUCCUGGACAAGAAGAUUGGCGUCAACCAGCCCAAGCGCCUGGAAAAGGCCAAGAUUCUGGUAGCCAACACUUCUAUGGAUACCGACAAGAUCAAGAUCUUCGGUGCCCGCGUCAAGGUCGGCUCGACUUCCAAGCUUGCCGAGCUUGAGAAGGCGGAGAAGGAUAAGAUGAAGGCCAAGGUGGAGAAGAUCAAGGCCCACGGCAUCAACUGCUUCAUUAACAGACAACUGAUUUACAACUGGCCAGAGCAGCUCUUCACGGAUGCUGGCAUCAUGUCGAUUGAGCAUGCCGAUUUUGAUGGCAUCGAGCGCCUGGCCCUCGUCACUGGUGGCGAGAUUGCCUCUACCUUUGACCACCCUGACCAGGUCAAGCUGGGACAGUGCGACCUCAUCGAAGAGGUCAUCAUUGGCGAGGAUACCCUGAUCAAGUUCUCUGGCGUGUCCUCUGGUGAAGCUUGCACUAUUGUUCUUCGUGGUGCUACCGAACAGCUUCUUGACGAGGCCGAGCGAAGCUUGCACGAUGCCCUGGCGGUUCUGUCGCAGACUGUCCGGGAACCACGCACCACUCUUGGAGGUGGUUGCGCCGAGAUGCUAAUGGCCAAGGCUGUGGAGGGCGCUUCAACAAGAGUCGAAGGCAAGCGCCAGAUGGCUGUUAACAGCUUCGCCAUUGCGUUGAUGCAGCUCCCUACUAUUCUGGCCGACAAUGCCGGUUUGGACUCUAGCGACCUGGUGGCACGUCUGCGCAACACAGUGUACAAGGGCAUGUCUACGUAUGGUCUCGACCUGACGACGCCGGGCGGUGGACUUGCCGAUAUGCGGGACCUGGGUGUUAUCGAGAGCUAUAAGCUAAAGAGGGCUGUUGUGUCGUCCGCCAGCGAGGCUGCGGAGGUGAGCUUCCCCAAAGCUUUGACAAACUAG